UCCUGCUGCCACCUUCCCGCCAGCCACAGGGAUCUGAUUACUCCCACGGGGAUGUCCUGCGCCUCAGGGCCCGGCGGUGGCCUGCGGCAUCCCCUGCGGUGCCGGGAGCCGUGGGACGAGGAGUGUGAGAAAGAGGCUGUCUGUGUCAUUAUGUGUGCGUCGGUCAAGUAUAAUAUCCGGGGUCCUGCCCUCAUCCCAAGAAUGAAGACCAAGCACCGAAUCUACUAUAUCACCCUCUUCUCCAUUGUCCUCCUGGGCCUCAUUGCCACUGGCAUGUUUCAGUUCUGGCCCCAUUCUAUCGAGUCCUCAAAUGACUGGAAUGUAGAGAAGCGUAGCGUCCGUGAUGUGCCGGUGGUCAGGCUGCCAGCCGACAGUCCCAUCCCAGAGCGCGGGGAUCUCAGUUGCAGAAUGCACACGUGUUUUGAUGUCUACCGCUGUGGCUUCAACCCAAAGAACAAAAUCAAGGUGUAUAUCUAUGCUCUGAAAAAGUACGUGGAUGACUUUGGCGUCCCUGUCAGCAACACCAUCUCCCGGGAGUAUAAUGAACUGCUCACAGCCAUCUCAGACAGUGACUACUACACUGAUGACAUCAACCGGGCCUGCCUGUUUGUUCCCUCCAUCGAUGUGCUUAACCAGAACACACUCCGCAUCAAGGAGACAGCGCAAGCGUUGGCCCAGCUCUCUAGGUGGGAUCGAGGUACAAAUCACCUGUUGUUCAACAUGUUGCCUGGAGGUCCCCCAGAUUAUAACACGGCCCUGGAUGUCCCCAGAGACAGGGCCCUGUUAGCUGGCGGCGGCUUUUCUACGUGGACUUACCGGCAAGGCUACGAUGUCAGCAUUCCUGUCUAUAGUCCACUGUCAGCUGAGGUGGAUCUUCCAGAGAAAGGACCAGGUCCGCGGCGAUACUUCCUCAUAUCGUCUCAGGUGGGUCUCCAUCCCGAGUACAGAGAAGACCUAGAAGCCCUCCAGGUCAAACACGGAGAGUCAGUGUUAGUGCUUGAUAAAUGCACCAACCUCUCAGAGGGUGGCCUUUCUAUCCGUAAGCGCUGCCACAAGCACCAGGUCUUCGAUUACCCACAGGUGCUACAGGAGGCUACUUUCUGUGUGGUCCUUCGUGGAGCUCGGCUGGGCCAGGCAAUAUUGAGCGAUGUGUUACAAGCUGGUUGUGUCCCAGUUGUCAUUGCAGACUCCUAUAUUUUGCCUUUCUCUGAAGUUCUUGACUGGAAGAGAGCAUCUGUGGUUGUACCAGAAGAAAAGAUGUCAGAUGUGUACAGUAUUUUGCAGAGCAUCCCUCAAAGACAGAUUGAAGAAAUGCAGAGACAGGCCCGGUGGUUCUGGGAAGCGUACUUCCAGUCAAUUAAAGCCAUUGCCCUGGCCACCCUGCAGAUUAUCAAUGACCGGAUCUAUCCAUAUGCUGCCAUCUCCUAUGAAGAAUGGAAUGACCCUCCUGCUGUGAAGUGGGGCAGUGUGAGCAAUCCACUCUUCCUCCCGCUGAUCCCACCACAGUCUCAAGGGUUCACCGCCAUAGUCCUCACUUACGACCGAGUAGAGAGCCUCUUCCGGGUCAUCACUGAAGUGUCCAAGGUGCCCAGUCUAUCCAAACUGCUUGUCGUCUGGAAUAAUCAGAAUAAAAACCCUCCAGAAGAUUCUCUCUGGCCCAAAAUCCGGGUUCCAUUAAAAGUUGUGAGGACUGCUGAAAACAAGUUAAGUAACCGUUUCUUCCCUUAUGAUGAAAUCGAGACGGAAGCUGUUCUGGCCAUUGAUGAUGACAUCAUUAUGCUGACCUCUGAUGAGCUGCAAUUUGGUUAUGAGGUCUGGCGAGAAUUUCCUGACCGGUUGGUGGGUUACCCGGGUCGUCUGCAUCUCUGGGACCAUGAGAUGAAUAAGUGGAAGUACGAGUCUGAGUGGACGAAUGAAGUGUCCAUGGUGCUCACCGGGGCAGCUUUUUAUCACAAGUAUUUUAAUUACCUGUAUACCUACAAAAUGCCUGGGGAUAUCAAGAACUGGGUAGAUGCUCAUAUGAACUGUGAAGAUAUUGCCAUGAACUUCCUGGUGGCCAACGUCACGGGAAAAGCAGUUAUCAAGGUAACCCCACGAAAGAAAUUCAAGUGUCCUGAGUGCACAGCCAUAGAUGGGCUUUCGCUAGACCAAACACACAUGGUGGAGAGUUCAACAACAUUGCAUGAAUUCCUGCCAGGGAGGAGUAUGAGAAAAUAGAGGGGCACAGCCCCGCGGGAAGCCAAGACUGAAGAGGAGUCCCCGGCCCUGGCUGCUUACCCAGAAGGCUAAGCGUUCAGGUUCCAGGGCCCUACUCCCAGACGGCCAAGAUCAAGACUGCAGUUGCGCAUGCUGGCCACCAGGAGGCACUGCAGUUCCAAUAAAGUCACUGGACGGAAGGUGGUGAUCCUGGGGCCCCACUGCCUGAUGAGGUUUCUAGAAGUUUGUUUGAAGACCCAGGUCCUCGCUGGGAGGAUUUGCCACUCAAGCAGUAAUUCAGCCCUACUAUGCGUCUGCCACCGUCCCAGCACUACAAGGGACAAAGAGAUGGAUGGGGCCAGUCGCUAGCCUUCCUUGCAGCAGUCUUCCCUCCCUAGUUCUGGGUGUUUUCACAUUCCUGCCCAUUCCAGUCCCCUCCGAAUUCCCACACGGUGGCCCUGGCAUCCUCAUUGGACAGAUGGGCAAAGUGAGGCGCCGAGAGGAGGGACCCGUGAGUGUCACCAGCGACUGAGUAACAGACAGGCUGAGACCUGGGCUCUUUUCCAUUCCCUAAGUGGUCCCCCUUUGGAGACCCAUGGGGAUUCCUUGGCCCUCCAGGGAAGAUUGAGCCCAGUGGGUGCUCAGGAAACUGACUAACUUACAAAAGCCUUUGCCUUGCAAAAGCUCCCCCAGGACACCCCUGUAGUUUGGCCCAGCGGCUCUCCAUGUGGCUGGCAGAUUUGUUACCAGCUUCCCUGUGGGUUCUUCCUGAGGCAGGCAUCUGCCAAGGCAGGGUCUGCAGCCCCCUCCUCCAUCGCUCCACCCUCACACAGAAGCUCUCUCAGUUCUUCCCUCAAUGGCAGGGGUUGUGGUUGGGGACUGUCUUUCUCUUAGUCCAGAAAUGGAGUGGGCUUCCCAGAGUCCAGGAAGGAAAAGGGAUUAAUGCUGGGCUCUCUCUCUCUCUCUCUCUCUCUCUCUCUCUCACACACACACACACACACACACACACACACACACACACACACAAACCAAAAAACAAAACCAGGAACUGGGCUUUGUACUUUACAAAGUACUAGGGCAUCUAUUAUGCCACCAGUAGAGUUCCAGCCUCUUUACAACCAUCAGGUUUCCAUUUUGCAGCCCCAGAAACUGAGGCCAGAGGGGUAAAUGCCUUGCUGAGAAUCAAUAACUGUUAAGAAGGUCCAGGGGUGGUGGAUCAUCCCUGUAAUCCCAAAAUGUUGGGAGGCCAAGGUGGGAGGGUCACUUGAGCCCAGAGUUCCAUCUAGCCUGGGUGACAGAGGGAGACCUGUCUCAAAAAAAAAAAAGAAAGAAAAGAAAAGAAAAAAACCCAAAAAACUGGUAAGAGGCAGAGCUGAAACUUGGACUCCAGGCCUGGGGCAUGCCCGCUGGGCCCUCCUGGGAUGGAUGCUGUGGGUGGGACUGGGACAGGCAAACAGGAGACAGGGUCGAGGAGGAAGGCAGGAAGAUGGAGAAGUCACAGGAGAAUGGCUGCUCUCAGCUGCCUUGAGAGAUUGGCCCCCUCGCAACCACCUUCAGGGCUGCCCCUGAUCAAACUGCCCUGCUGAAGAUCAACUUCAUUGACCAUCUGGUACCUCAGAUGUGGACCAGUGCCUUGUUUCAGGGCCUACACACACUGAUGUACUUAGAGGCAAAGAGGCAUAUGUCUGCAACUUAUUCUUUUCUUUCUUUCUUUU